UUUGACUCUUUAGAACUCCGUCCUCUACGGAACCAAGUGGGAGAUUUAACAGUGGAAUACGAAGAGAAGAAGCACGCUUAUGAUUCCAUGACGGCUGGCCUGGAGAGCAACGUCGCCCGCAUCGAACAAGAGGUGAACGAUCUGGAGGAGAAACUGUUCAACUAUGAAUCGCAGUAUCAUCGUCUCCAAGCAGAGACGCAGAUCUUCAUGCUUCAUAAGGAACGAGUUGGGAAUGAAGUGAAGAAAUAUUUGACGCCAGGAGAUAAAAAAUCCAUCAGGUCUUGCAACUCUUCUUCUUCAUCCCCAUAG